AUGAAUAUAUACACCAGUACACCAAUACAAUUGUCAGUUUGCAGCACGAACUAUGACUACGUCUACCUCAGGUAUUUGAUGAAUGAUGAUAUUUUGAUUUUGCUGGCGCCCAUGUACAUGGAGGACCGCCAUUGUGGGUACUGUAAGGGAAGUAAACAGGACCAUUGGGCCCUUGAAAGUUGGCUGAAAAAGAAUAAACCUGCAUCUUCCGUCACCAUUGGAAUGUCUGUAGAGCAAAUGACGUGCCAACAAUAUGAUAUAUUGAUGAACAAGGGCUUCAGACGAUCGGGGACCUUUCUUUAUAAACCAGAUUUGCUCAGAAACUGCUGUCGCUUGUAUACUAUACGAACCAAUUUGGAGCAGAUGAAGGUUGCAAAGCUGCAUCGGCAGGUAGUGAAUCGAUUUGUGAGAGCUAUCAGUGACGAACUUGGCGAGGAACCGAAAGGGGAGGGCAAAUCAAAUAAAAAGUUUUCGUUGAAAUCUCUCAUUGAAGCCGAAAAGGCAUCUUCAAGGUUCCAUACCCAUUUUGAACCAGCAGCAUUUACGAACGAAAAGUACCAAUUGUACAAAAAGUACCAAAUGGCAGUGCAUAAUGACAAGGAAAGUGACGUUUCACAAGCUAGCUUUAAACGGUUUCUUUGUGACACCCCAUUUCCGCAGAGAGAAGUUGAAGGAACUAAGCAGCAUUUUAAAGCACUCAAUUCUUGGGUUCAGCAAUGGCCCGAGAUAUCCACAAUGACAGAUCGCCGCGUGGGUCCCACUCACGAGUGCUACUACUUGGACAACAAGUUGAUUGCAAUCUCUGUGGUGGACUUUCUUCCUACAGGUGUUUCCUCGGUUUAUUUUAUUUGGGACCCAGAUUAUGCUCACCUAUCAUUAGGCACAUUAUCUGGCUUACGGGAGCUACAAAUGUGCCAGGAGCUCGAUUUGGGCUACUAUUACCUUGGAUAUUACAUUGAUGACUGCCAAAAAAUGAAGUACAAAGGACAAUUUGGUGGUGAGAUUCUAGAUGUCUGCAGUGGAAAUUACUAUCCCCUUGAAAGAGUCAAAAAACACAUUGAAAAUGGCCGACUUUUUGUCAUUGAUCAAGAAAAGUCAAAGCUGUCCGAAUUGGUCAAUAUAAGCGAGCAAGUAUUCGGAGACAAUGCACAGACCUACAGUGACUCGAAGCAAGCAUUAAAGCUACUAUCAGAGAGGUACAAUGUCGGUCAACCAAUGAGAAAAUCAUUGGCACUUCCAGACGUGGUUCCAGGAAUCCAUUCGUUUCUGGAAAUUCUUGAGUGGUAUGAUCAAGGCGCAAUCACCGAAAAUUUUCCCUUUAUAAUUUUUCUGGCAAUGACUGGAGUGAGGUCUAGAAAAGAAGCAGAAAUGGCCGAAAGUGAUAGAAGGUUAUUUGUUGACACGCUUCGGCUCAUCGGCUUAGAAUUAUCGGCUAAUGCUAUCGUAUUCUUCACUUUUCCAUAG